ACUAUAUAACUCCUCUCAGCUUUGUUUGAUCCCCAAACCACCUUGCAACCGUGUUAUUUCCCAAAAUGGAGACAAUCAUCUCCGUCGUCAUGGGUGAACUUGUUAAUAGAUCAAUCUCCUUCUUGAUUGACAGAUACUUGAAGCCUGCAGCAUCAUCGAAGGGGAAGAACAGGGAGAGGUUGCAAUGGAUGCUUAUGCGUGUUCGUGUCACUGUCGAGGAGGCAGAGGUGAGGCGCAUCACAAACGAAGCAAUGCUUCAGCAACUGAAAAUGCUAAAAGAAGUUAUGUACCGAGGUUACUACAUGCUAGACACCUUCAUACAGCAAGCCCAAGAAGAAGAGAAGAAGGGCAAUGGCCGUGGUGCGAGCCGCUCCUUAUCCUUGUCUAAAUUCAGUCCUGCUAAGCGUGUUCGUCUCUCUUGCAGAAGUAAAUAUGGUAUAAAAGAGAUAGAAGAUAUGCUCGAAUGUUUAGAGAUCGCCAUUGCCGGUAUGAGUGAGUUUGUUAUUUUUCUGAGAAACUACCCUCCUAUGUUUCGCCAGCCAUAUAGCACAUAUCUGUUUAUUGAAAACUGCAUGUUUGGGCGCCAAGUGGAGAUGGAACGGGUCAUUAACUUCUUGCUGCAUGAAGAACCUCCUGUUGAUGGAAAAAUUGGCGUCCUACCUAUUGUUGGUCCAGGAAAAGUUGGAAAAACUACUCUUGUUGAGCAUGUUUGCCGCAACGAAAGAGUGCGUAAUCACUUUUUUCGUAUUGUUCUCUUAAACGAUUAUGAUUUCAGAGAAGAAAGGCAGUGUUCCUUAAGAGAUCAAGGCAGAAUCAAAUAUCAAAAUGAUGACUCAAAUGAAGAAAUAUUUCUGGUUAUUGUUGAAUUAGUUGGGAUUGUUGAUGAGAGUGCAUGGAGAAGAUUGCACUCUGCUUAUCAAAAUAGUGUUUCAACCCGCAGUAAAAUUAUAGUCACAAGCCGGUCAAAGGAUAUCAUAAACUUUGGAACAACGCAAGCUCUUAGCUUGAACUUUUUGUCACAAGAAGCAUAUUGGUACUUCUUCAAGGCACUUCUAUUUGGAAGUGCAGACCCUGAAGAGCAACCAAAGUUAGCAUCCAUAGCAGUGACAAUACUUGAUGAGUACUUUGACCAAGGCAUAUAUACACCUUUCACUGGGACUUUCAUAAAUUUAAACAACACAGCUAACCUGUUAAAGGCUAUUACUGGUGCUCAUAAUUGGCAGAAGUUUCUUGAAUGCCUUAGGGAGAACCGGCGGCUAAAUGAACGUCUAUCUAGAAGAAGCCUAAGUGAUAUUGGAAUGGAAAAUGAUCGUAUAUUUCUUCGCAGAGUAACUGAAACUAUUCAAUAUUGUGUUGUUCAUAACCAAUAUCGGAUAGGGCUUGACGAUGAAGAGGCUCCCAACAUAACUAUGACAGAUAUUAUUUCUAUGAAGUUUCCGCCUCGUGGAAAAUUUGAGAUACUACUUUGGAAAUCCCACUUGCCGCCAUAUCACAAACAUAUAUAUAGUUGUGAGAUUUUUGAGUUUGAGGGCAAUGUUAUCAGGGAUAUGGAGGGUCGGAAGAGGAAAAAUCUGAGUUAGUUCUACUACUGGAUAACACUCUGUACAUGUGAAUCGAUCAUAAUGUGAUUCAUGUUUUUCUCUCAAAUGUAGGUACUGUACUGUAGGGUGUAAUUGUAGGUUAUAAGUGUGCAUCUUUUCUACUUCCUUACCUACCUUUGCUAAGAUAAUGGAAUGAUUGAUUCAAUAGUUUUUGUUGUGUACCUGUGUUUGUGCUAUGUGCAUCCGUAGUCACUGAGCAAACUUUUUACCAUCGCAGCACCUUCUUGUGAGGAGUCCAGCCUGGGGUAUAUAUGAAAAUGCGACUGUCAGCUAUUUUAAGAGAAUUUACCACCACAAUGGCCGUUGGCUUCAUGAUCAUCAUGAUGCACACGCAGCAGAAUAGUGAAACACUAGAAACCGUGUUAACUGGAACAUUGGUUUUUGGGUUUUAUGAUAAGUUUAACGUGAGCCACAUCUAUCUACUGAAUCUUUACUUGUUAUAAUUUUUAAUUCCAUCUGAAAGGCUUAUGAAAGGAAAAAAAUGAAGAUUCUGUACACUGUAACUCUCAGCCUUAUCUGAUCCACCAACUGAAGUAUUUCCCAAAAUGAAGACAGUCAUCUCUGCAAUUAAGAGUGUUCUGAAGAAUCAAAUGAAGUCAGUCUCGAAUCUCAAAUAUUGAAGUCCCUGAAGUACAGCUCUGAACGUUGCUGUAGAAAUCCUUGAUGGAUAAUAUAAUACAGCUGAACUAAUACAGUGCAGAGGUGUUUGAGAGCACUAAUUUCCCAUGUAUCCUGAGCAACAUAUGUUCUUUGACAAUACCAAAAAAUAAAAAAGAAAUAAAAAUGCAGCAGUCACCAGCACAUUAUGGCACAGAUGUUUCAGAUGAGAGCUCUUUAAAAGUUAGGAGCCAGAUGGGGGGUUCGUUGGAGUUGAUUUACACACAUGCAGAUUCAGCGUACAUAAAACUUCAUAGCAACUAGUGAUGCUUGGCCCUUGGAGUCUAUGCGGCAGUGCCUACUCUGAUGGGGCCAUGCUUCAGUGACGGUGAGUACCCACCAUUCGAGCCCCUGUUCAAAGGGCUCAUCAUUCAAACAGAGGACUCAUUCCAAUACAUGUGUUGGUUGACUAGUUAGUUGACUUGACUGCUUCCUGAAAAUGACUCAACAUUGCUUGUUUCAGCCCAGCCUGGUGUUGGGUUGCGGCUCUGACUGGGCAGAUGGGGCCUGGCCGCCUGGGCGACAGCGAAGCGGGGAUUGCACAGCUGGCAGUCCUCAUUUCCAUCCACCGCCGCCUCACCCUCGCCGCCGACCGCCACCACGGCACCACCUCGUCGCGAAUGCGUCGCCGCUUGCCACUUUACUCCUCCCGCGACGCGACGCGACGCCCAAGCGCGGCGGUUGACACACUGAAACCGCCGUGGCACGCCCGGCAGCCGUUCGACGGAAUGCCUGCCCGACGCGCACCCCGCGUCGCGGCCGAGGCUUCUUCACGCCCACGCGUGGGGGCACCUCGCAGCGGUUCAUGCGGUCAUGCUAAUGUUGCGAACGAGACUUCUUGCCAAUUUCGCGUCCAUGGCAUGCGGCUCAAAGACUGCUCAUCAGCAUUAUUUACUCAGGAAACUUAUGUCCUUGAACUCAAAACAAUGAGGAAUUUUGCCCUCCAAAACAUUACUUGACAAGUCGAGAUCGAGCAGUUCUUUCAGUGUACAAAAUGAUUCUGGAAUGCUACCACCAAUUUGAUUUGAGAACAUAAGCAAUAUCUUGAGUUGUGGAGCUUCAAUUGAUGGUAGUGGUCCUGAAAAUGAAUUUCUAGAGAUGUCUAAUAUGGUGAUAUUUCUCGGAAACUGUGGUAUUUUUCCAGUAAGCUGGUUUGAACUGAGGUUAAGCAUUAGAAAGGACAUGCCACUCAAAUCUGCCGGCAAGGUACCACUUAACUGGUUGUUGGAGAUGUCAAUAUCUGUUGCCAGUGAAAAUGUUUGCCAGAACCAAUUAGGAAUCUUGUCUAUUAGAGCAUUGCUUGAAAGAUCAAGUUCACUUAUUUCAAGCUGUUGCUGAAGCCAAGCUGGAAACAGAGGACCCAUCGGGCAAGAUGCAAAAUGUGCAUUCUGAAGCCUGAAGGGUGGAAACCAAUGUGCACCUACUACAACCUUCAAAUUAUUGGAAGCCAGGUUUAGUUUCUUUAAGCUGAUUAGACCUGCAAAAUGUUCUUCUGUAAUGAUACCAUUCAAGUUGUUGUUGCUUAGAUCCAAAGAAGUCAAAUUGGUCAAGGCUCCAAUUUUGUUGGGUAUAGUUCCGUUAAGGUGAUUGUUGCCAAGGUGAAGGGCAGUUAGGCUAGAUAGAUACCCAAGCUCCGGUGGGAUGCUUCCAAUGAGGUUGUUGGCACUGAGGUCAAGAAUAAUCAAGUUGGUGAAGUUCCCGGUCAAAUUUGGCAGGGUUCCAGUGAAAUUAUUGUCUCCGAGAUGUAGCUCCAGCAAAUUGUCCCAUGUGCAUUGUGGCAACCUCUCCAUCAACUCAUUUAUGUCUCCAUUAAUUCCAUUAUCGCUGAGGUCUAAGAUUUCCAAACUGCAAAGAUUCUUAUAGUUUCCUUUCAUCACCAGGUUGUUCUGAAGACCUUUCAUCAACAGGCGGGAGUGAAGGCUAUAUGAUAAAUCAAGCACCUGGAGGGAUGACAUGUUUUCUAACGCGUCAUGAAAUUCGCCAAAAAAUCUGUGAACACUAAUAUCGAGGUACUUGAGGCUUGUCGCUUUCCAAAACCAACAAUAUGAAAUUUCGUGGUCGAAAUUAUUCGAAGAAAGAUCAAGCUUCUGGAGCUUUGUGAGAUUCAUAUGUGGAAGUGAUUGGUUUGCGCUUUCAAGGGAGCAGUCCCGAAAAUCAAUGACUCUUAGCGAUGGAAUCCCAUUGAGUAUUUGAGGCCAGUCAGAUAUUUGUGAAAGAUUUACAUGUCUCAUGCUUAGGUGCUGUAGCGAAUGAAGAUUUUUUAACCAGGUGAUGUCCGAUGAGUAUUUCAUGGAAUAAGGAUCAUUGAAGCCAAGAUCAAGGUACUGCAACCUAGACAGGUUACCAAGCUGAGGUGGAACUUCACCAAAGGAUGGUAUGAAAGAAAGGUUCAGAUAUCUCAAAUUCUUCAUCGAGCCCAAGAAUGAAGGUAUAUUCUUUCCAUACUCUACCAAGCAAUUUCCACUAAGGUCCAUGUGCUCUAGUUGUUCUAGGUGGAGCAAAGAGGAACUUAUCUCGCCGGAUAAAGCGUUGUCAUCUUCGCACGCCGGAACACGGUGGAGGUCUGUUUUCUCAUUGCGAAGGCGAAGCUCGAGGACUCGGCCGGUCUCGUUGCUGCUGCACCUGACGCCUGUCCACUUGCAGCAGUCUCGGCCGUGCCAUGAAGCGAGGCGAUUGGUGAUGUCGAUUGUGAUGCCCUUCUUGAAGGAGAGCAAGGCGGCCCUCUCAGCGGGAACGCAACCGCCAUCGGGAUGCUGUUGUCCUAGUGCACCACAAGUAGUCAGGAGCAAGAUGGUGAGGAGGAGGAGGUGUGGAGGAUUGGUUGUGACAUGCAUGGUGGAGAACAACAGGGCUACUAGCUGCGGCUGAUGCAUAUGAUGAAGUAAACACACAUGCAGAUUCAGCAGGCAUAAAACUUCAUAGCAACUAGUGAUGCUUGGCCCUUGGAGUCUAUGCGGCAGUGCCUACUCUGAUGGGGCCAUGCUUCAGUGACGGCCAGUUGAAGUUGCAAUGGGGAAAGGAAUCUUCUGCUACAUAAAGAAAGGAGGAAAGGGAUGGGAAGGUUCAAUGUUAAGUAUAUUGAAUGAAUGUAUAAAAAGACUGAUGUGAAAGACACUAAAACCCGCGAGGAGAUCGGUGUUUGGUUUGAUAACUAAUGUCACAUAAACUUAUGGGAUGUUUGGUUUGAGAAAUCAUCACAUCUUAGAUGUCUGGUGCAUCAGGAGGUAGAUCCAAUGAAUUUUGGUAGGAUGGCCCCAUUACUCAUGUGUAAAUGAUGUUCAUAAUCUGAAGAAGGAAUGAGGUGGUGAUGGACCAUUCCAUUUCUCAAACCAAACAAGAAUUUAAGUGAGAUUGCGAUA